GGGAGACAGUCAGAGGGGGGAACCUGAAGGGAAUAGUGGCAAGCCGCAAAUCCACAGGAGCAGAUCCAAGUGUCUGGAUCACCUGAGAGAAGGAAGCCAUACUAGGUUCCUAGAGGAUGGAAGAAAGACAACUGAGAAAGUUGCAGUGAUUGCCUCCACUCGGCUGGUGCAGGAAGGAUCUGUAGUACUUGCUUUCUGGAUGAGUGACACUCACUGAGCGUGUUCAUCACAGGCUGGGAAUCAGCUGUCCUCCUGACCAGGCUGUUGUCCUUACUGUGUCAUGGUGAGACACUGCUUCAUCACUUCACUGUCACUUGCUGAGUGCUGACCAGUGACAGCUCACAUUACCUCUGUGCUAUGUGGUUCACUGUCUGACUGAAGUUAUUACUCACCCAGGGGUUUUCUGAUUCCCCCCCCCCCCCAUCCCUGCUCAUCUGGGUCCUGGCUGUGAUUUGCAGAGGUGUAUGUGAGGGUGGGGACUGCGCCUGGGAUGAAGACACGUGAAGGGUGACAUUUGUUUACUUUUCAUAAUAGACCUAAAAAAGGAAACUCGGUGAUCUCUAACUGUGACUCAAUCCGCAGAGAGCUGAGGAUGGAUGAGACGGAGACUGUGGGCCAGGAUGACCCUCCUACUACAGACGCAUGGUCAGCCGCAGAACUGCACAGUGUAUGCGGAGCCUUGCAGGGCGAUCCUCUGUCUGCAGAAAGUUUACAUGACACAAUGAAGGAGAACGACAAGUACCAUGUCACUUCGGAUGAGGAGAAGGGCAUCCACAUCAUCAACAUCAAGGCAAUAGAAGACAUUGGCUACAUCCAACCUGACACACUGUUGUUGAAUUCCCUGGGUGUGGAUCAGGAAUCUGCCUGUAAACAUGGCGUGUGCUUCCGAGAUGGACAGAGGAGAGUGGACUAUAUUUUGGCCUAUACCUACAAGAAAUCCUCCAGCAACAGAUCCCACAGUAAGAAAUCCCAGCAUAACAACUCUGUGCACUCGCCGCGGAGCGGGAAAGAGAGUUACCAACUUCCCGGCGGAGCCCCGGAUGUAGAGGUAGCCGAGAAUGAGCCUAAAAUGGACUAUCACGAAGAUGACAAGAGGUUCCGCAGGGAGGAGUUUGAAGGAAACUUGAUAGAGACCGGUCUGGAAUUGGAGAAGGAUGAAGAGACUAAAAUGCACGGUGUGGGGUUCGUAAAAAUCCACGCUCCCUGGAAUGUCCUGUGCAGAGAAGCUGAGUUUAUGAAACUCAAGAUGCCCACCAAGAAGGUCUAUCACAUAAACCAGACACAAGGGCUGAUGCACAAACUCAACUCUGUCCUCCAGAAAAUAACCGAGCCUAUUCAGCCCAAGGUUGCUAGUCACAGACCACAGACAGUCAAACAUCUCUCUUACCCUUUCUCCAGGGAGAAACAGCACCUGUUUGACAUGUCCGACAAAGACGGGUUCUUUGACAGCAAAACAAGGAGUUCAAUUGUGUAUGAAAUCCUGAAACGGACUACGUGCACAAAAGCCAAGUACAGUAUGGGUAUUACCAGUCUACUUGCUAAUGGUGUGUACAGUGCUGCGUAUCCUCUGCAUGAUGGAGAUUAUGAGAAUGAUGCGGAGCCCAAUGAUCGGAAGCUCUUGUGUGAUGAGUGGGCCAGUUAUGGCGUGUUCUACAAGUAUCAGCCCAUCGAUCUGGUCCGGAAAUAUUUUGGUGAGAAGAUUGCCUUAUACUUUGCCUGGCUGGGCGUGUACACGCAGAUGCUUAUCCCAGCUUCCCUUGUCGGGAUCAUCGUAUUCCUUUACGGAUGUGCUACUGUUGAUUAUGACAUCCCAAGCAUGGAAAUGUGUGACCAGCGGAACAAUAUUACUAUGUGUCCCCUAUGUGACAAGACGUGUUCCUACUGGAAGAUCAGUUCUGCCUGCGCCACCGCCCGUGCCAGCCAUCUCUUUGACAACCCAGCCACAGUCUUCUUCUCCGUCUUCAUGGCUCUGUGGGCUGCCACCUUCAUGGAGCACUGGAAGAGACGACAGAUGAGGCUGAACUACAGGUGGGAUCUAACCGGCUUUGAGGAAGAGCAAGACCACCCGAGAGCAGAGUACGAAGCUAAAGUCCUUCAGAAAUCCCUCAAAAAGGAAUACAGACGCAAGGAGACGGAAAAGGAGAAGCUGACAUGGCGGGAUAGAGUCCCAGCUUACGUUACAAACAUGGUUGGCAUCGUUUUCAUGAUUGGUUUGACCUUUGCAAUCGUAUUUGGCGUCAUUGUGUACCGGGUCUCCACUGCGGCAGCAUUAGCCAUGAGUUCCAAUCCCUCCGCCCGCUCCAAUGUCAGGGUGACCGUGACGGCUACCGCCGUGAUCAUCAAUUUGGUGGUGAUUCUGAUCCUGGAUGAGGUGUAUGGAUGCAUAGCAAGGUGGCUCACCCAGAUUGAGGUUCCAAAAACGGACAAGACUUUCGAAGAACGUUUGAUAUUCAAGGCUUUCCUCCUGAAAUUUGUCAACGCCUAUACACCCAUCUUUUACGUAGCAUUCUUCAAGGGUCGGUUUAUUGGACGUCCAGGGGACUAUGUUUACAUUUUUGGUUCAUUUAGAAUGGAAGAGUGCGCCCCCGGUGGUUGUCUAAUGGAACUGUGUAUCCAGCUGAGCAUCAUCAUGUUGGGGAAACAGCUGAUCCAGAACAAUCUCUUUGAGAUAGGAAUCCCGAAGAUGAAGAAGCUGAUCAGAUAUAUAAAGUCAAGGAGAGAGACCUACAUGGGUCAUGAGGAGCACGUCAAGAGGAAGCAACGCUACGAGAUGGAUUAUAACCUGGAACCCUUUGCCGGACUGACUCCAGAGUACAUGGAAAUGAUUAUUCAGUUUGGAUUCGUCACUCUGUUUGUCGCCUCCUUUCCCCUGGCUCCGCUGUUUGCCUUACUCAACAACAUCAUUGAAAUUCGUCUGGAUGCCAAGAAAUUCAUCACGGAGCUCAGAAGGCCUGUAGCGGUCAGAGGGAAAGACAUUGGUAUUUGGUAUAACAUCCUGCGAGGUAUUGGCAAGCUUUCAGUGAUAAUAAAUGCCUUUGUGAUAUCAUUCACGUCUGACUUCAUUCCACGCCUGGUCUACCUGUACAUGUACAGUCCCGAUGGCACCAUGCAUGGCUUUCUGAACAACACUCUCGCCUAUUUUAAUGUCAGUGACUUUAAACACGGCACCGAGCCAAACAUUGAGCAGGACCCUGGAUAUCCAGUGGAGAUAUGCAGAUACAAAGAUUACAGGGAGCCACCGUGGUCUGAGAAUAAGUACGAUAUUACAAAGGAAUUCUGGGCCGUUCUGGCCGCAAGAUUGGCAUUUGUCAUCGUUUUUCAGAACUUAGUCAUGUUCAUGAGUGAUUUUGUUGACUGGAUCAUCCCAGACAUUCCCAAAGACAUCAGCGAGCAGAUUCACAGGGAGAAGGUCUUAAUGGUUGAGGUGUUUUUGAAAGAGGAGCAGGGAAAACUACAAAUGCUGGAGACCUGGAGAGAACAGGAUAAGAAGAGAGGUGGGAAUUGUAACAACCAGAGCCCCAAGCUCUCCCGCAGUAACACAGGGAGCACGACUUCGGCAUAUUCGUACCGUGUGGACGUGUAGAGCAAGCAGCUUAGAGGACGUAAUGAUCGGACAUUCAUUCCACUGACAGAAAGGCCACUUGAGAUCUGAUUCUUGAGCAUCCGGUGAGCUCUCUUGUCUUUGCUCCCACCUUUGUGUGGACAGAGGACCAUGUUCCGAGAUGAGCAGUGGGGGUCUCUUUGCUGCUCGGUGACCCUGCUGUUGUCUGCAUGUGUUAUAUAGUAGCAGUAGAAUAUAAUUCCUCUGUAUUAGAUACCUUGUGCCUUCUGCUGAGUCACCUGUAAAAUCGUUUAAGCCUUUCUAAAUGAGUUUGCCUGGUCAGCUGCUGGGAUGCCCUGCAGACCACUAUAGGCAAAAGAACAACAUUAAGCUGCACAUAGGUCUUUUUGAUCAAGUAAAGGUUUUGAUGGGACAAAGACGCACGAUUGCAUGACUCUAAUAACAGUGAUGGACUACUUCAUGCUGGCAUUCCGGAUGAGCCAUCUUUGAACACACCCGGAGCAUCCGAUCGUACAAGACUCUUGGAGUUUCUCCUUUUCACAGCCAAACAUGAGAUUGUUUGCGAUGUCCGUUGUUCGUUUCUCCAGCUUUCCAAGUUACGGCGCGCCAGUUCUGUGGCCACGGGAGAAGCCUUUCCUUUAACUUUUUGUCUGGCAGGUGCACAUCCUCCAGCACUACAGGGGUUACGCUCGCAGAGAAAAUAUUUUUUUAGAUACUACCUAUGCAAUGUAAAGAUGUCCUUUUCUUUAUAUGAACCUUUUAUACCUAUUUAUUGAUGCAAAGUUUUGUGUUUUUUUUUUUUAUUUCUGGUGAUACUGAUCUGUUCUUGUCUUGUGGCUAGCCGGGAAGCAAAAAACUCUUCUUCUUGUUUUAGCCUAAGAAGCGCUAAGGCUUUGCGGGUGUGUCCACUCUGUUCAUGUGCCUCAUGUUAGCGCCUAAAGGGUUAAUUCUGCGCUAUUCAGAAAUUUGGUAACAAAGUUUGCAAAUUACUUUUAUAUCUUAUGGUAAUUGUAUUUGUUAUAUGAUGUUUUUUUGUUUUGUUUUUUUAAGUAGUUCUCCAUGCAUCCCGGUGGUUAUAUGAACUGGGAUCUAAUGGAGUCGCAACGUCUUGUAGGUUAGUCUUUGUCAUUGUCACAUAAGCAGGAACUUAAAACAUUGCUGUCGAAUACAGAGGGGGGCGGCAGCCAUUUUUGGGGGCUCAACAGAUUUUUCUUCCCAAAACUCGGCCUAUCCAUUUUUUUUUUUAGUGCUUUAGAAAGUACCUUUUUGGGAUGUCGCUAGGUCCUUAGUGACGUGAUAGGCUGUUUUGGCGUACAAGAUGGAUGCCCCCACUGUAAGCAAUAGUUGCACUUUUAAACGUAUUUUCCUGGAACUUACUUGUGUCCUACCAAAGGUGUAAAAGGGUUUAGCAGUUGUAGAGGGGGAAUCUGACAGGAAUGUCGUUCAUUAGGGAUGUACGGGAAUCUUUACUGAAGACGGACUGUAUAGCUGGCUAUACAGACUCUGAUGUCAUACGUGUGUAAGAGUCUCUCACAUAUGCAUAUUUAGAGAUGUAUUUUGCAAACACGCCAAGCCUUCUAAAGCCUUGAAUGGGAAUUUUGGGCAUAGAUCAAACAAACUUGGUGUCAGCAGAGAGAGUUUACAACGCUUUUCAUACUGUGCUCAUGCUGUGUUAUGUCUUAUGUCUUGCCAGAGCUGCGGAAUAACCUUUUGUGGGAUAUUCUCAUUAAUACAAGAUUUGCUGGGGGUUUUUUAAACUGUAAAAAUACACUUUUAAAUGGUGGGUGGAAGACUAUGAUAGUUUAUUUAAAAAUGUAUUAAUGUUCUGUGCAACUAUUCAUCACCACAGAACAUACUGUCCUAUGCUCUGUUGCAAGCGGAAGUCCGUAGAGAGUUAGGUUACUAUCAAGCAGCACUAGUGUCUGAGAUUCUCUGCGAUCCAUUGCCCAAAAAACGUAUCUACCUGCUCAGUUAACAGACCAGGGUUGUAUGUAGAGUGUACCCCAGUAGCGGUAUAUUGGAGUACACUUUGUUACAGUAUACGGUAAAGGAAACGUAAUUCCGCAGAUAGAGAAUAGUCAAAUUCAUGUCAUAAGCUUGGAUCGUUGUUAUAUAUAUAUAUAUUACACUGUUGUGACUAAACUUUUGGUGCUUAUGCCAUUCAGUGACUUUUAAACAAUGACAUUCCUGUAUAUGUGUAAUCCCUGACAAUGUACAUCUAAGACUGUUGUAGAAGAAAUCGUACCGUGGAUGGAGUCUGAAUGUAAAUGAAAUUCUAUAUUCUGAAUUCUGUGGCACAUUUACUGACUUAUCGAAGUUCCCCAAAUGUUUUAUGUGUUUGAUUUUUAUUUUUUUUUGUUUCUGUUUUUUAAAAAGUUAAAAAGCUAUACAAACCUAAUCUGGAUGUAAAUCUUAUUCAUAAUAAAGUUUAAUAUGCAGUUCUAUAAAAAAAAUAAAA